AUGGAAAAGCUGGAGAUGAAAACCUUUGUUUCAAUAAUGGAGAUGUCAACCAUAUUCCUCAGCACUAGUCUCCAUCAUUCUGCUGUUUGGGUAUGGCAGAGUGAUCAAUCUCGAGAACAACAACUUCCAUGGCACUAUCCCCCAAGAAAUUGGCUGAUUGUUUCGCCUACAACAUCUUUGGCUUUCCAACAACUCAUUUCAAGCGAGUUAGGUUCAUUGUCGAAUCUCUUUGAACUGCGUAUUUCGAAAAACAAUUUCACUGGCACAAUCCCACCUUCCAUUGGGAAUCUCACUGCUCUUCACUCACUUGCUCUAAACAUUAACAACCUAGAGGGAAACAUUCCAUUUGAACUUGGACAACUUUACAACUUAGAGGUUCUUAACCUGAAUACUAACAAUUUGUCCGGUAUGUUUCCUACCACAUUUUACAAUAUCUCAUCCAUCAGUUACAUUGCUCUGUCUUUAAACCAAUUACAUGGAACCCUCCCACCAGAUUUGGGAUUGACACUCCCAAAUUUGCAAACAUUUCUAAUCGGAGCCAACCAAUUCUAUGGGCCAAUUCCACCAUCAAUAGCCAACGCUUCUGGACUCAUACAAUUUGAGAUUGCCAGGAAUGCCUUCAUUGGUCCUGUGCCAUUGAAUUUGGGAAGCCUUCAUGAUCUAGAAUGGCUAAACUUUAAUGGUAACCCACUCGGAACUAGGAAAGCCAAUGAGUUGAGCUUCUUGAACUCUAUAACCAACUGUACAAAUCUAAGAACACUAUAUUUGGAUGGUAAUGGUUUCGGGGGUGUUUUGCCAGAUUCAGUAGCAAAUCUAUCCACUAGACUCAUCACACUGACGAUGGAUUUGAACUACAUAUCUGGAAACAUACCAGAAGGAAUUGGGAACCUUGUCAACUUACAGACUCUUGCACUUUAUGACAACAUGCUCACAGGAAGCAUUCCUGAAUCCAUUGGAAAACUUUUUGAGCUGAACAGAAUAUACAUUUCCACAAAUAACAUCUCAGGAAAAAUUCCGUCUUCAAUUGGCAACAUUUCACAAUUAAGUAUUCUAGACAUGGCACGAAAUAUGAUAGAGGGGAGCAUACCUGUUUCUUUGGGUAAUUGCACAAAACUGCAAGGAUUGGAUCUCGGAUACAAUCACCUCAUGGGGACAAUACCUGGAAAACUUCUUGGCCUUUCUUCCCUUUCAGUUGUUCUCUUCUUAGAUCAUAAUCAUUUAACUGGACCACUACCGGCACAAGUGGGGAGCUUGAAAAAUUUAGGACAACUGCAGAUUGGAGGAAAUGAACUCUCGGGAGAAAUCCCAACCACACUUGGUGAUUGUCAAGUGUUGGAAUUCCUACGUAUGGAGGGUAACUCUUUCGAAGGUAAUAUUCCAUCAUCUUUCCAGAAAUUAAAAGGUAUUCGAAUCCUAGAUCUUUCUCGCAAUAAUUUGUCUGGGCAGAUUCCAAGGUUUCUGAGUGAGUUCCCAUUCAUUCAAAAUCUCAACCUUUCCUAUAAUAUGUUUGAGGGUGAAGUUCCAUCUGAAGGAGUGUUUAGGAAUGUGAGUGCAUUUUCAAUUGUGGGAAACAACAGGCUUUGCGGAGGAAUUGAAGCACUGCAAUUGCCUGCAUGUCCUGUGGAAGUCUCAAAGAAAGAAAGGAAGCCCUCUGCUCGUAUACUGAUAAUUGUCAUAAUCAGUAUCACUCUCUCUAUUGCUUCCUUAAUAGCAUGUGUUCACGCUAUUUUUUAUCCUAUGAAAAGGUUGAGAAGAAUAAAAUCCUAUCCAAAUCCAUUGGGAAAUCAGCAUCCAACAGUCACUUAUGCAGAACUUCUACAAGCUACCAAUGGAUUCUCUUCAGCCAACUUGAUUGGUGAGGGGAGGUUCGGUUCUGUUUAUAAAGGAAUUCUCAAUCCUAGUGAACAUAUCAUUGCUGUGAAGGUACUCAACCUUCAAGAAUAUGGAGCCAACAAGAGUUUCUUGGCUGAAUGCCAAGCAUUGAAGAACAUUCGUCAUCGCAAUCUUGUAAAGAUUAUCACAUCUUGCUCAAGCAUAGAUUAUAAUGGAAAUCAUUUCAAGGCUUUGGUGUUUGAGUUCAUGCCAAAUGGGAGUUUGGAGAGCUGGCUACACCCAAAGCAAGAGAAUCCAAGUUCGUCUGUCGUGCUGAACUCAAAGAAACUGAACCUAAUCCAAAGGUUAAACAUUGCCAUCGAUGUGGGCUCUGCAUUGGAUUAUCUUCACCAUCAUUGUGGAACACCCAUCAUUCAUUGUGAUCUAAAGCCAAGCAAUGUCCUCCUUGACAACGAGCUCUGUGCCCAUGUGGGUGAUUUUGGUUUGGCAAGGUUUCUCACAACCACCAAAGAAAAAUCUGAUCAUACACAAUCUACUUCAUCAAUUGGUGUUGGAGGAACUAUUGGUUAUGUAGCACCUGAAUAUACUAUGAGUGCGGAGGUUUCAAGACGAGGUGAUAUGUACAGCUAUGGAAUCCUCUUGCUCGAAAUGUUUACUGGAAAAAGGCCCACAGAUGACAUGUUUACAGAAAAUUUUAACCUUCAUAACUAUGCUAAGAUGUCACUUGAGGGCAAAAUGAUGGACAUUUCCAAUUCCUUACUCACAUUGGAAAGGGAAGAUGUGUCUAAAAGCACUAACCAGCAGAACAUUGGUAGAAUGAAGGAGUGCUUGGUGUCUGUUCUUCGACUUGGAGUCGUGUGUUCUUCUGAAUUGCCGAGAGCGAGGAUGGAUGUCGGAGAUGUUCUCAUGGAACUCCACAUGAUUAAAAAUGUCCCAAUAGUCCAAUAUAUGGAAGGAUUGGCUAAUGCAUUUGAUCCAACUUACCUUAUCCUCUCUGCUCUCAGCUUCCUUCAUCUUUCAAUAAGAAUGGAGCACAAAAAUAUGAUUUCUUACAUCCUAUUUCAUAUGAUCCUCGUUUUGACGUGCUCGAAUGCCACAACUGGUGCUACUUUUGGCUUCACAAGUGAGACAGACAAGCAGGCCUUGCUAGCCAUCAAGGAUCAAAUUGUUGAGGACCCUUUCGAGGUCCUUAGCUCGUGGAAUGAUUCUGUUGACUUCUGUAACUGGCAAGGAGUUACUUGUAGUCGUCAGCAUCAGAGAGUGACGGUCCUAGACUUGUCGUCCCUACAAUUAGUCGGUUCUAUGUCUCCUCACAUAGGAAAUCUUACCUUCCUUGGGGAGAUCCAUCUCGAGAACAACAGCUUCCAUGGCACAAUCCCCCAAGAAAUUGGUCGUUUGUUUCGCCUACAACAUCUUUCGCUUUACAGCAACUCCUUCCAAGGUGAGUUCCCUAUCAAUUUGACUCAUUGCUCAGACAUCAGAGUCAUCAACAUUUCUUCAAACAAUCUUGUAGGAAAAAUUCCUAGCAAACUAGGAUCAUUGUCUAAUCUUUUAGUACUGCGGCUUUCUAGGAAUCAUUUCAGUGGCAGCAUACCACCUUCACUGGGCAAUCUCUCCUCUCUUCGCGUACUUUUUCUUAGCUUUAACAAUCUAGAGGGUAGCAUUCCUUUCGAACUUGGGAAGCUUUCCAACUUACAGUUUCUUCAGUUUGCUUCUAACAAUUUGUCCGGAAUGGUUCCUAGUUCGCUUUACAAUACUUCAACUUUGAAUCAAUUUGCAUUAGCUGGCAACCAGUUAAAUGGAAGUCUCCCUCCAGAACUGGGAAACACCCUUCCAAAAUUACAAACAUUUUUGUUUGGUGACAACCAAUUCUCUGGUCCUAUUCCACUAUCAUUGGCUAAUGCUUCAGCACUUGUUGAUUUUGAUAUUGCUGCUAAUUUUUUUAGUGGAACUUUACCAAAGAAUUUGGGUGGCCUUCAUGAUCUAGUAUGGCUAAGCUUGAAUGAUAACCAUCUUGGAACUAAAAAAGCCAAUGACUUGAGCUUCCUUGAUUCCUUAACUAAUUGUACAAAUCUAGAAGUGCUGACUUUAGGUGGGAAUCAUUUUGGGGGUGUACCGCCGGAUUCAAUCGCAAAUCUGUCCACCAAACUCACCUCACUGUGGUUGAAUCUGAACUACAUAUCUGGAAGUAUACCACAGGGAAUAGGGAACCUCAUCAACUUAGAAUUUCUAGCAUUGGAUGAGAAUAUGCUCACUGGUAGCAUUCCUGAUUCCAUUGGGAAAAUUUCCAAUAUGCAAGAACUGUACAUUUCCACUAAUAAUAUCUCAGGAAAAAUUCCACCAUCAAUUGGCAAUAUGUCUCAGUUGAGUAUUCUUGCAUUAGGUCAAAAUAUGCUAGAGGGAAGCAUCCCUGUUUCUUUGGGUAAUUGCACAAGGCUAGAAGCAUUGGAUCUUCAACAGAAUCACCUCACUGGUGCGAUACCCGAGCAAGUUAUUGGCCUUUCUUCCCUCACAAUUCUUCUCUCCUUAAAUCAAAAUCAUUUGACAGGAUCACUACCAACACAAGUGGGUAACUUGAAAAAUCUUGGACAAUUGUAUAUUUCGGAAAACCAACUUUCUGGAGAAAUCCCAAGCUCUCUUGGUGAUUGUGUGUUGUUAGAAACCCUUUCUAUGCAUCAUAACCUUUUUGAAGGAACUAUUCCAUCAUCUUUCAUGCAAUUAAAGGGUAUCCAAGUCCUUGACCUUUCUCACAAUCAUUUGUCUGGGCAGAUUCCAAGGUUUCUAAGCAGCUUAUCAGUAAUUCAGAAUCUCAACCUUUCCUAUAAUAUGUUCGAGGGUGAAGUUCCGAAUGAAGGGGUUUUUAGGAAUGUGAGCGCACUUUCAGUGGUCGGAAAUAACAAGAUUUGUGGAGGAAUCAAGGCAUUGCAAUUGCCUGCAUGUCCCAUGGAAGUCCAAGAAAAAGAAAGAAAGUACUCUGCUAAGAAAAUGAUAAUUCUUGUGACCACUAUCACCCUUUCCAUUAUUUUGUUAAUUGCAUCUGUUUGUGCUAUUCUUUAUCUUAUCAGAAAAAGGUCAAAAGGAAAACCCUCUUCAGAUUAUGAAUUGGGAAAUCAGUAUCCAAUCCUCUCCUAUGCAGAACUUCUUCAAGCUACUGAUGGAUUCUAUUCGACAAACCUGAUUGGUAAAGGGCGAUAUGGUUCUGUUUAUAAAGGAAUUCUCAAUGAUGGUGAGCAAGUAGUAGCUGUGAAGGUACUCAACCUUCAAGAACAUGGAGCCAACAAGAGUUUCUUAGCUGAAUGUGAAGCAUUGAGGAACAUUCGCCACCGCAAUCUUCUCAAGAUCAUCACAUCUUGCUCAAGCAUAGACUUUAAAGGAAAUGAUUUCAAGGCUUUGGUCUUUGAUUUCAUGCCGAAUGGAAGUUUAGACAAUUGGUUACAUCCGACUUCAUGUGAACAGGAGAACAAGUACUUGGAUCUAGUUCAAAGGCUGAACAUUGCCAUUGAUGUGGCCUCUGCAUUGGAUUAUCUUCAUCAUCAUUGCGAAACAACAAUCAUUCACUGUGAUCUAAAGCCAAGUAAUAUUCUUCUUGAUGAUCAGCUCUGUGCCCAUGUAGGUGAUUUUGGUGUGUCAAAGUUUCUUUUGGCUACCAAAGAUGAGUCAGAUCAUGCACAAUCUAGUUCUUCCAUUGCGAUUAGAGGAACAAUUGGUUAUGUUGCACCAGAAUAUGGUAUGGGUGCGGAGGUUUCAACAGAAGGCGAUGUGUACAGCUAUGGAAUUCUCUUACUGGAGUUGUUCACAGGAAAAAGGCCCACCGACAUGUUGACACACAAUUUUAGCCUUCAUGACUUCGUAAAGAUGGCACUUCCAGAUAGAGUGAUGGAGAUUGCUGACUCCCUACUCACAUUGGAAGAGGAAGAUGCAAGUGAAAAGACCAGCCAGAAAAAAAUGGUGAGAAUGAGGGAGUGCUUGGUGUCAAUCCUUCGGAAAGGAGUCAUCUGUUCUUCUGAAUUGCCAAGAGAAAGGAUGGAUACUGGGGAUGUUCUCAUGGAACUCCACAAUAUUAGAAAUGCAUUUCUUGGGAAUGAUUGGAAGGAAGAGAGUGUAUGUGUGUGA